CCACGUCCCCUCCCUUGUCUCCUCUACUCUGAAGAAGAAUCUGAUUCCGAUCAAAAAAAAAAGAGAAGAGUUGCAGAGCAAGAUGUCUCGCCGCCAAUCUCUUACCCUAGUGAAGAAUCUGGGUAGAUUCACGACCGGGUCGAAAAACCAGACUCGAUCCGUGACUUACAUGCCGAGACCCGGUGACGGGAAGCCACGACCGGUGACGUUGAUCCCCGGAGACGGAGUAGGUCCUCUGGUGACAAACGCGGUGGAGCAAGUGAUGGAGGCGAUGCACGCUCCCGUCUACUUCGAGCCCUUCGAUGUCCACGGAGACAUGAAGAGUUUGCCGGAGGGUUUGGUGGAGUCGAUCAAGAAGAACAAGGUCUGUUUGAAAGGAGGGCUCAAGACUCCCGUCGGUGGUGGUGUCAGCUCGCUCAACGUUAACUUGAGGAAGGAGCUUGAUCUGUUUGCGUCUUUGGUCAACUGUUUCAACUUGCCUGGUUUAGCCUCUCGUCAUGAGAACGUUGACAUCGUGGUGAUCAGAGAGAACACUGAAGGUGAGUAUGCAGGGCUUGAGCAUGAGGUUGUCCCUGGUGUUGUCGAGAGCCUUAAGGUGAUUACAAAGUUCUGUUCGGAGCGUAUUGCCAAGUAUGCGUUCGAGUACGCCUACUUGAACAACAGGAAGAAAGUUACGGCAGUGCACAAGGCCAACAUCAUGAAACUCGCGGAUGGUUUGUUCUUGGAAUCUUGUCAAGAGGUUGCUAAGAAGUAUCCUAGCAUUGCCUACAACGAGAUCAUUGUUGAUAACUGCUGUAUGCAACUUGUAGCUAGACCAGAGCAAUUCGAUGUCAUGGUGACUCCCAAUCUCUAUGGUAAUCUAGUUGCAAACACUGCUGCUGGUAUUGCUGGAGGCACUGGAGUCAUGCCUGGAGGAAAUGUUGGAGCGGAGUAUGCAGUGUUUGAGCAAGGAGCAUCAGCGGGGAACGUGGGGAAGGACACGACUGAAGAGCAGAAGAAUGCAAACCCUGUGGCGUUGCUGCUCUCAUCAGCCAUGAUGCUUAGACAUCUUCAGUUCCCUUCUUUUGCUGAUAGGCUUGAAACCGCGGUGAAGCGUGUCAUUGCUGAAGGAAAAUGCAGGACUGAAGAUCUUGGCGGAAAGAGUACAACCCAAGAGGUCGUUGAUGCCGUCAUUUCAAAGCUGGAUUGAGUCAAUAUAAGUGGUAUGUUAUGAUUCACACAACGCAGUCUACGGAUGUGUGUACAUCUUUCUUUCUUUUUUCCCACAUUCUUUCAAGAUUACUCGAAAUUGUCUCUAAAAAAAGAGACAUGGUUUUCGUUGAUAAUUUUUUUUUAUUUGGGUUGUCGUCAAGUUACGAUUUUGCUACCCCAAGGAGAAACGAAAGGAUACAAAAUGCUUCUAUGAUCUCUUUGUUGUUCCUGUUACUUUUUGAAUAAAUCAAACUUACAUUUAACUUCUUUAUAAAAGAUUUACUGUGCUUCAAGCAGAACGAUGUUA